AUGCCAACGGUCUUACUCCCGUCGUCGGCCGCUGCUUUUGCUCCACGGUCGUCGCCGAAUGUGGUGUUGAACACCAGGAUCGAGCCGUGGCUGACGGCCACCUUGAAGCGAGUCAACCGGGUCAAGCGCCCUCUAAACAAUGUAACCCAACAUACGAGGUGUCUGACGGAGACACUGUCCUCACCCAACGCCAUCUGGACACUCUGUUCCAUGACAUUUCCCAAGGCCCCCGAGUCAGAACUCAGGAAGGAUGAGAACCCAUUAGUGGAGGCAAUUUUCAACUACCAGAUGGUCCAUAUGGAAGCCUAUGUGGUGCAUGUCGACAUGGUAUCACAGAACGAGGUUGCUUUCAAGCUGACCCCGGAAACGAUCGAAUCCUUAGUCGAGUUCCAUAAGGACAUUUACUCCGUGGAUACCGCCGCCAGUACCUGGGACUGGUCUGAGAAGGAAAGCCAACUGAAGAAGUUGCAAGAGGAGUUUGUCCAGGCCGCCAACAAAUUCGUCUAUCGCUCUAGCGCCCAGGUGCUUGAAGGCCUAGAGGAGGACGGUGCAGGUGAACUACUGGGUGGUCGGAGUGAGGAUGCAAAGACUGCAAUCUCGAGCCUUUUUGUGCCAUUACUCCCCCCACCGCCACGGGUCGAUGUGCUUCGCUCCACGCCCCUACUUCCCAGCUCCACUGGGCCGGAAACAUGGUGGCAAGAGCCCAUGCAACCAUCCGUGUCGAUGGAUUCGUGGAAAGUACUGCCUUCCAGUCCAGCCUCGGCCAGUACAGGGGAUUCUAACCCUAACAUGUGGGCCAGUUUCAACAGUUUGAAUGAAAUACCGCUUUCCUCGCCACCGACGCCCUACAGCCAACCGUAUACCACCUCGCCGUACAACACAACACAGUAUUACAGCGCCGCUGCCACAUCGGCCGCUCUAGCUGUCCUCCCGCUUCCUAGCAUGCUAGUGCAACCGUGCAGCACCGCAGCGAACAUGGUCGGACUUGGAUGGGGAGACCGGUACCAAGAUUUUGCGUUGUACGGGACAACAAUGUGA